AGUCUUGCGAUCCCACGUGUGAAACAGGAGGAAUUGCGUCUCAUGUGGUUGAACUUUUCGCCAUGAAGUUGUUUCAAUAAAGGCAACAAAGGUCUCCGUUAGUCUCCGAAAUGUUGUUCGGAAAAGAAGUGCCAUGGCGGCGCCUGGAGGGAAUGUCGUUCGGCAUGUACUCCGCCGAGGAGCUCCGGAAGUUGAGUGUGAAGACGAUCACUAACUCCAGGUUCCUCGAUGCUGUCGGGAAUGUGGCUCCAAACAGCCUGUAUGAUCUGGCCCUCGGACCAGCAGACAACAAAGAGGUGUGUUCAACCUGCUGUCAGGAUUUUAACAACUGUCCAGGACACCUUGGACAUGUCGAGCUGCCUCUGCCCGUCUACAACCCACUGUUCUUUGAUAAACUCUACCUGCUGAUCCGUGGCUCCUGUCUGGCGUGUCACACGUUAACGUGUCCCCGAGCUGCCAUCCACCUGCUGCUGAACCAGCUCAAGUUAGUGGAACACGGAGCCAUGCAGGAGGUCUACCAGUUAGAACAACUUCUCAACCAGCAACUGGAGGAGAAUCCUAAAGCUACUGGCGAUGAGAUCGAGCUGUGGCUAAGGGAGUUCACAGAUGCCGUAGUUGGGGAGAAAACUGAAGCUUCUGCAAACGUGAAGCCUAUUAAACACUUGGUUGAGAAGAAGUGCAGUCUGAUAAAUGAGUUUUGGAGUGUCCAGAUGAAAACUAGGAAGUGCCCUCACUGCAGAAGCGGCAGGUCAACAGUCCGCCGUGAACACAACAGUAAGCUGAUCGUCACGAUGCCGUCAGGAGCACAAAGCAGCGGCGAAACUGAUGAGGAUCUGAUGGCUGGAAAGAGAGUCUACCUGACUGCCAGUACAGCCAGAGAACACGUCAACAAGCUGUGGGAAAAAGAAGGUUUCUUCUUGAAGCGUCUGUUCUCGGGGCUGGAGGAAAGCACUGGAUCAAAGAAGGGAGACAAGGGUUUCUGUCCGGACCUGUUUUUCCUGGAGCUGCUGCUGGUCACACCUUGCAGGUAUCGUCCAAUCAAUCGACUGGGUGACCAGAUGUUCACCAACGGCCAGACAGUCAACAUGCAGGCCGUCAUGAAGGACUGUGGAGUCAUAAGGAAGCUGCUGGCUCUCAUAGCGGGGGAGAAAAACACAGAGGAGGCAGAGGCUCCAGAAGAGACAGACCAGACUUUUCUAGCUGCGGUGCCUGGACGUACGUUAACAGAUAAACUAUACAACAUGUGGAUCCGCCUACAGAGCCACGUUAACAUUGUUUUUGACAGUGACAUGGACAAACUGAUGACAGAGAAAUACCCUGGAAUCAGACAGAUCCUUGAGAAGAAGGAUGGAUUGUUCCGGAAACACAUGAUGGGCAAACGAGUGGAUUAUGCUGCCAGAUCUGUCAUCUGUCCAGACAUGUACAUAGGAACCAAUGAGAUAGGAAUACCAAUGGUCUUUGCCACCAAGCUGACCUACCCUCAGCCAGUCACUCCAUGGAACGUGAAGGAGCUUCGUCAGGCCGUCAUUAAUGGGCCCAACGUCCACCCUGGAGCCUCCAUGGUGAUAAACGAGGAUGGCAGGAGGACCAUCCUUUCAGCUGCCAACCUCGCACAGAGGGAGGCGGUUGCCAAGGAACUGCUGACACCUUCUCCAGGUCCACAAAAGAUGCCCAUGAAGAUAGUGAAUCGUCAUAUCAAGAAUGGAGAUGUUUUGUUACUUAACAGACAACCAACUCUGCACAGACCCUCCAUACAAGCCCACUGUGCUCGCAUCUUACCAGGAGAGAAGGUUCUAAGACUCCAUUAUGCCAACUGCAAGGCAUACAACGCUGACUUUGAUGGGGAUGAAAUGAAUGCUCACUUCCCUCAGAGUGAGCUGGGCAGAGCAGAGGCCUACAUGUUAGUCAGCACUAACCAGCAGUACCUCGUCCCCAAGGAUGGUAAACCUUUGGCAGGUCUGAUCCAGGACCACAUGGUGUCAGGAACAAAGAUGACCAUACGAGGCUGCUUCUUCACCAGAGACCAGUACACUGAGCUGGUGUACCGAGGACUCACUGACAAACCAGGCAGAGUUAAGUUGCUGCCCCCAGCCAUCCUCAAACCACAACGACUGUGGACAGGAAAACAGGUGGUGUCUACGCUGCUGCUGAAUGUAAUCCCAGAGAAAGCGGUGCCUCUUAACCUGGCUGGCAAAUCAAAAAUCCCCAGCAAAGCAUGGAUCCAAGUCCCACCACGAGCUGCUCCAGGAUACAAACCUGACAGCAUGUGUGACUCACAGGUGGUGAUCCGUCAGGGCGAGCUGUUAGUUGGUGUUCUGGACAAAGCUCACUAUGGCUCCUCGGCCUACGGUUUGGUCCACUGCUGCUACGAGCUGUAUGGAGGGGAGACCAGCGGCAAACUGCUCAGCUGCCUGGCUCGACUUUUCACUGCCUACCUGCAGCUAUACAGAGGCUUCACCCUGAGUGUGGAGGACAUUUUAGUGAAACCAGGUGCCAACAACCGGAGGAAAAAAAUCAUUCAAGAAUCAUUGAAGUUUGGCACCAAAGCCCUGCAGGCAGCGUUCAACCUGCCUUCUAAUGUGGAUCAAGCUGAGGCCCAGAGUCGCUGGCAGGACGCCCACCUCAACCCAGACCAGAGAGACUUCAGCAUGGCCGACCACAAGUUCAAAGAAGUAGCCAACCAAGUGAACAACGAUAUCAACAAGGUGUGUAUGCCAGCCGGCCUGCACACCUCUUUCCCAGACAACAACCUCCAGCUGAUGGUCCAAUCAGGAGCCAAGGGAUCUACAGUGAACACGAUGCAGAUCUCGUGUCUCCUGGGUCAGAUUGAAUUGGAGGGCCGGAGGCCUCCUCUGAUGCCUUCUGGCAAAUUCUUGCCCUGUUUCCAGCCAUAUGACCCAGCACCUGGUGCUGGAGGCUUUGUUUCUGGGAGAUUCCUCACAGGCAUCAAACCACAGGAGUUUUUCUUCCACUGUAUGGCCGGUAGAGAAGGGCUGGUCGACACAGCUGUGAAAACAUCAAGAUCAGGAUAUCUGCAGAGAUGUGUGAUUAAGCAUCUGGAGGGUUUGGUGGUGCAGUACGACCUGACAGUGAGGGACAGUGAUGGAUCAGUGGUGCAGUUCCUAUAUGGUGAAGAUGGAUUGGACAUCCCCAAGACUCAGUUCCUGCAGCCACGACAGUUUCCCUUCAUAGAGGACAACUAUGAGGUGAUCAGGAGGUCUCAGGGCCUGGAUGAGGUUUUGGCCCGUUUCGACCCUCAGACUGCCAGUAGCCACUUUGCAGCCAUCCAGCGAUGGAAAGCAAAGAGAGAGGUGGCCUGUCCACGGAGAGGAGCGUUCCUGUUGUUUUCUCAGAAGAAGUUGGCAAAACUAAAACAGACUGAACAAGAAGCUCCGCCCGGCUCCACCAGAGAUCCUGCUGUACUCCAGCUCCUACAGCAAUGGCACGAUCUGGAUGAAGCCAGCAGAUCAAAGUACAACAGGAAGUCCUCCCGCUGCCCUGAGCCCUCGCUGGGCUUGUUUAGGCCUGAUGUCUGCUUUGGAUCAGUAUCUGAAAACUUCCACGACAUCACAGAGAAGUACCUGCAGAACAGAGGCGGUAUGAAUGAAGACAGCAUGGACACACACAGCCUUCGCCAGCUGCUGCACUACAAGUGGCAGCGUUCUCUGUGUGAUCCAGGUGAAGCCGUCGGUCUGCUGGCAGCUCAGUCCAUCGGAGAACCCUCCACCCAGAUGACCCUCAACACCUUCCACUUCGCCGGCAGAGGAGAGAUGAACGUGACUCUGGGAAUUCCUCGACUGAGAGAGAUCCUGAUGGUGGCCAGCUCCAACAUUAAAACCCCCAUGAUGAGCAUCCCAGUGCUGAACAACAAGAAGGCCUUGAAAAGAGCAAAGACGCUGCGCAAAAAACUCACCAGAGUGUGUCUGGCUGAGGUGCUGCAGAAGGUGGAUGUGCUGGAAAAAUUGCGGAUUGAAAAUCAUCAAAAGCUGCGGACGUUUAAAGUCACAUUCCAUUUCCUGCCAGCAGACCGUUACAGUGAGGAUAAGCUGUUAUCGCCUCACCAGAUCCUAAAGUACAUGGAAACAAGGUUUUUCCGUCUCCUUCUUGAAGCCAUUAAGAAGCGCUCUGCCAAGCUGGCCUCUAUCGCCGUGGAGACGAGGAAAGCCACCCCUAGAGAUAGGGACACCGAUGGUGAAGGAACAGCUGAUGCAACAGGGGUGGAUGAUGGAGAUGGAGAGGAGGAGAGAGAGAUUGUUGAUGAUGAGGGGAAUGAAGGAGAUGCUGAUGCUUCAGAUGCCAAGAGAAGAGACAAACAGGAAGAGGAGGUCGACUACGAAAGUCAGGACGAAGACGAAGGUGACAAUGAUGAGGAUGAAGAGGACCAGAUAGAGAAGGCGGAGGAGAAGGCAGAGGAGAACUCAGAGACGAACACUGUGGAGGAGCCUCAGCCAGAGUCUGCAGGAGUGAGAGCCAAAAGGAGCAAUAAAAAAGUGGCAGUAGGAGAGACUCUGGAUCAGAUGAGAGUAACCUCUGUUCUGGCAUCAAACUCUGCGAUAGAGGGCUACUGCUAUGAUUACCAGCAUGAGCUCUGGUGUGAGGUUGACCUGGUGCUGCCGGUGAGCAAGGUGCACUUCGAUCUGGCCUCAGUCCUGUCAACACUGGCCCAGAACGCAGUCGUCAUGGAAACCAAGGGGCUGACGCGCUGCCUGCUGAGCGAAACUACAACCAAAAAUGGUGAAAAAGAGACGAUUCUCAACACAGAGGGAAUCAACAUGCACGAGAUAUUCAAGUACAGCGACAUCUUGGACCUCAACCGACUGUACUCCAACGAGGUCCACGCCAUGGCUAAAACGUACGGGAUUGAAGUGGCUCUGAAGGUCAUAGAGAAGGAGAUCAAAGAUGUCUUUGCUGUUUAUGGUAUCGAGGUUGACCCCAGACAUUUGUCACUGGUAGCCGACUACAUGUGCUUUGAAGGUGUAUAUAAGCCAUUAAACCGCCACGCCAUCGGAUCAAACUCCUCUCCUCUGCAGCAGAUGACCUUUGAGACCAGUUACAAGUUCCUCAAACAGGCUACCAUGCUGGGUUCCCACGAUCAGCUGGUGUCACCCUCAGCCUGCCUGGUGGUGGGGAAGGUGGUGAAAGGAGGAACAGGACUGUUUGAACUGAAACAACCUCUUCAGUAGGAGACAUAACGCAGUCGCAGCAGUUACAUGUGAAGUGGUAUGAUCGCAGUUCUGCUGAGCUCCUUCGCUGACAAAGACGAAACCAUGAAAUUUUUUUUAACAGUUCGUACUCAGUGACGUCUUACCAGAUGUUCUUUCAGGAACUACCAGAAUUAACUGAUUUGAAAGUGAAUGUAACUGACUGAUAGUUAAGUUUUCUUUUUAGAUCACUGAGCAGUAACUGUAUCAUACUGUUAAAAAAAGAUGCAAGUUUACAGCACAGGAAAUCAACACAAUAUACACACAGGGUUCCAUUCUUCCAAGCAAAAAGCUGUUAAAAACAACCUAAUCCAUUAUUUUUGUUUCUAUUUAAUAAUAAAGUGAAAAUUUUAUAUAAAAACUGUAUUUUAUUGUUUUUCCCAGUUUAGAUUUUUGCCAGUUGUGUAAUGUAUUUUAAGUUUGACAUGCUGUGAACACAGGGAUGUCUGCAUUAGAGGAGACUGCAGUUCAGUUCAGUUCAGGAUCACAUUGUUUUUCUGGAUAGUGCCACCCACCAAACUGGGUGAUCGCUAAAAUGAACAGGUUGUAGUUUCAAAGGUUUAUGCCACCUGAAAUAGUACAUUCUGUCCAAGUAUUUAUAUGUGUAAAGGUUUAAUUCCAAUGAAUUUGUACUUUCUAAGUAAUCAGUUAUUGUUUAAAGGUUUAUUCCACCUAAUUAGAACUUUCUAACAAACUAGUUAUGGAUUCAAAGGUCUAUUCCACUCAAAAUAUUGCCUUCUCGUGAACCAUUUGUGGUAUUAAGAGUUUGUUCCACGGGUUAAUUACUUUACGUCUAAGAACUUAUAGUUUUUUUAUUUUUUGUUUGUCUGCAUUUGUUCUCAUUGUUUAACUCCACAAAAGAGGUGUCAACAUUGUAUGAGAUUGACGCAUAUUUUAGUCUUGCAGCCAAAUAUUUUAAUAUUUAGUGCAUGUGUGUGACCAUCACCAGCCCUCCCUGAAAGCUAAGCAGAUAUUCUUUAUUAGAAUUCCCUAUUAUGAGCCAGGGAGGGCAGUGCUACACCUCAGUGAUGUGCAGGGAAACAAAGACUGGACAGAACGAACAGGAUGAACAGGGAUAGAGAAUAACAGGCGGUGCUAUUGCAAUUAAAGAUUGUAAGGUGGUGUGUUAUUCCCAACUACUAACUGUCCAUCAAUUAAAAAAAAAAAAAAAGAAACUCAACACAAGAGAAAAAGAGAUUCAGUAAAUAAAUAAUUAAACAAACGGUACUGAGCACCAUAAUUGUGGAUGUCUUGAUAGAAUAGAAUAGAAUAGAAUAGAAUAGAAUAGAAUAGAAUAGAAUAGGCCAGAAGAGGAUACUAGUGAAAGAGAGAAUGAGUUUAGGGUAGAGACUUAUAGUUUUAAAGGUUUAUUUCAGCCAAUUAGUACUUUCUACCUAACAAGUUAUGGUUUUAUAAAAUACUGCUUUCUGUCAAAGCAUUUAUAAUUUUAAAGGUUUGAGUCACUCACUGUGCACUUUCUAUCUAAGAAGUAUGGUUGUUAAUAUUAAUUCCACCUAAAGUAUCACUCUAUUAUGAACUAUUUAUGGUUUUAAAGGUUUAUUCCACCCAAAAUACUAUUUUCAGUCCAACUACUUACACUUUUAAAGGUUUAUUUCACGAGAAAUACUACUUUUUAUCCAAGUAUUUAGAGUUUUAAAGGUUUGUUCCAUGAAUUUAGUUAUUUUUAAUGACUAAGUUAUAGUUUGGGAGGUUUACUCGAACCAGAAUACUCAUUUCUGUCCAAGUAUUUGAGUUUAAAAUGUUUAUUCCACUCAAAAUAUUACUUUUGAGUGAUAGUUGUGGUUUUAAAGGUGUAUUCCACCAAAAAUACCACUGUGCCUGCAUGCUUACAGUUUUACACUUUUAUUAUGUUGAAAUUAUAUACUUUCUAACUAACAAGUUACAGUUUUGAAUGUUUUUUCACCCAAAAUAGGACAUUCUGCCCUAGUACUUUUUGUCCAUACAUAAAGUUUUGAAUGUUUAUUCCA